CUCGCGGCGACGGUUCGUGCUGAGGCCGCUCGCGUGGCGUCGCUUGUCGCCGGCUGGUCAGUGAGGCGGCGGGACGGGACGGGACGGGACUGAGGGGAGCGGGCGGGCGGGGGCCCGGCACCACCAACACCACCAUGAAGGGACCAGAGAAACAAGCUCAAAUAACUGAAAGCAUGGGAGAUGUGGCAGACAAUACUCAGGAAGAUAUUCCACCUUAUCUUAGAGAAGAGCCUCCAGAAGAAUCGAAGGAGCUUGCCGUACAAGAGCCAGGAAUGAUCUGGAGGAUGACCGGAGGCCUUUACAGCAUGACUAAAGGAGCGGUGGGUGCCACUCUCGGGGGCGUUGCUUGGGUUGGAAGCAAGAGCCUGGAGUUAACCAAGACGGCAGUGACCACGGUGCCAGCGGCUGGCGUCGGCUUGGUGAAAGGUAGUGUGUCAGCAGUGUCCAUCGGUGUUGGUGCUGUCGGCUCAGCUAUGGCCAGGAAGGUUCCCUUUACAUCCAAAAAAAAGGACAAAUCCGACUAAGUGAAGCAGUUUGUAGGGUAUGUUUUUCUUCAAAAAAAAAUUCAUCAUGAUUUAAGUAUACCUGGACAUGCUUGGAUACACUGCCACGGUAUAUGUUUUGUUUUAAAGGGCGACCAGCAAGAUAUGUGCUUCUACAAAACUUUGCUGUCCCCACACCUCUCCCCCACCCCUUUAUAUGGCAUAAAGCUCAUGCCAUCUCUCUUCAUUGUGACAAACAGGGCAGUUGAUCCCAUUCUACAAUGUCCAUCGACAAGGUAUCCGGAACAUUCUGCUUCUCGACUCCUCCUGGCAUAAGGAUGGUCAUAGCACCAGAAAGAACAUGUGACACCCACAGCUAAAAUGGACACGUAUGUUUUAUUUGAGGGGUUGGGAGGGCAAAAGAACAUGUUAUCAACAUUUAAAAAAAAAAUCAAACUUGCCCUCCCCACAUGUAUAUAUUUAUUGGUUCAUGUAGUAUUUUAUAUGCUUGUUUUGUUCCCGUUAAGUAUAAAGGGGCUAAUUUUCUGUAUCAGAUUUUGUUUUUGGCUCUGUGUGGAGUAGAACACCAUGGGGUAUAUAUUUGCUUCAAACGUGUUGGUGGCAGAAGGUUUAGAUGUUGUGUUGGGAACAGUAAGCAUGCAGUCUUCAUUUAUUUUCUACAAUGUAGCAAGUCUUUUUUUUCUUUGCCUGGUUGUCCUCUACCUUCACGUGGCAGCCAGGUCAGGGUUGGGAACGAUGAACGUCUGCAACACUGCAGUCAGUGAUUUAGCCUCAGUUACAUUUUACCGUGUGUAGCCUGACUCCUCACCUUUCAUUAUUGUUACCUGCUACAAAAUGGAAUUGGUAGCAGGCAGUCGUUGCUGUUUGCACUGUUUCCUCCCUGUGUUUGCUCCAUGUUUAACUUUCCAUCAUCCUCCUGCACACCUGAUAUUUCUGUAACAUGUUUAUGUAUUAAGACUGAAAGAGACAAUUGAUUUCUGUUGACCAAAAUGCAAAACAUUUAGUUUUUGUCUAUAAUAGAACUAUUUUUGCAAAUAUGACACCUGAAAGCUACGAAUUAGACUGUAAGUCUGUAUUUUAAUGGAAAUAAAGUUUACAAAUCUCAAAACAG